GCGAACCUCGUCGCGGUAACGUGUUUUGUGUUUUUCGUGAACGGUGUCGCACGUUGGAUCUUGGUGACGUUUGUGCUCUUUCUUCUGUUCGUCGGUCAGUGUCAGUAACAGUGCACGUCGAGAUCAUGUAUAUUUGAAUCAACUUGGUAGAAGUCGACGAUCAAAGAAACUUGAAACUCGAAACUUUUCACCUGUUUUGCAUACCAUUGCGACUUGUCAUCUGGACGCACUUACCUCGAUGCAGAUGCCAAAAGAAUCAUGACGAGGGAUCGGUGAACUUCGUUGACAAGGCGUUGCGAUUUCACGCCGUUCCCGAGAUAAAACUCGAAGAAGCUUGUGGAGGAAACGAGGGUGAAUCAUGUCGCAAUCUAGGCGUCCAAGUGUUUCCAUAUACGACUAUCCGGAACACUUGAAUCCGUUCAGCGACGAGAUCACGAAUAACCAGCCGCGCAUGUAUCGCGACGGAAAGACGAAAGACUCGAAGCACAAAUUUUGGACGUUCGGCAGAACCAGGAAGAAGAGAUCGAAUAGUUUCUCCAUCAAGUCUACAUGGAGUGGGCUGUUUGGCAAACGGAAAGAUGAGAAGCCGGAAAACCAAGAAAAAAGAUCUACCAUCACAACAGUGUCGUCAACCUAUAAAAGAGAGCCUCACACCAAACCUAUGGCACCUCCGCAACCAACAAAGGACCAACAGGAGUUCGACGAAGCCCUUGGCACUUUAACGAGAAGAAGAAAGUAUACUUUAGAGAAUUCAUCGAGAUACAGUUCGAGUUUAACCGUGAAUGGUGAUCCUGCAAGGAUCUACGAUGGGAGCCCACAGGACACGACUGCAUCCAUCAUGGGUGACCUAACCCCCAAACCACCUAUUAGAAGAUUUGGUCAAGUGAGCCCAAAGCCAACCGAUAAAAUUCCACCGUUGGAUUAUGAGGACAAAACGCCAAAAGAAAAUGGAAGUGUGACUCUACGUGAGAAAACACAAGAAAGAACGCCCAUACCUCCUUUGCGCAGAUUCGGUAACAGAUCGUCGCAAAGGACGAACGCGGGUACACUGGAUUCCGAAGAUGAAGCGAAUCGAUCAGGCGACGCCGCGUUUUGUGACGAAAACGAGAACGUUCCUGAAGAUUACGUUUUCAAGAGGUUCACUCAGGAUGCCGUCAGAAAGUCCAAUCUCUCUAUAAACAGUUGCAUUUCUGUUGGAAGUACGAUGAGUGCGUACGGUCGAAAAAAACGGAGAGCGCCGCAGCCACCACGCCGUUUAGAAAAGUUGGAAACUAGCGAGAAGAACACCGAAGUGCCCAACAUCGAACUUCAGAUAGUAGAACCAAAGGACAUAGCGAGUGUUACCGAGAAUAUCGACGAGAUGACGAAGAAGAGUAAAAAUUUGGACGAGGGAGCUAACGAAGCGAAUGAAACGUCGAUAGAAUCUAUUUCGGGUGAUAUGCAAUCGCUAGAAACAGUCACGGUAAAAGAUAGUCCUGUCGAGACUACAAAAUAUAAAACCGAAGAUACAAAAAAUUCUGUACGAACCGAACAAACUGAAUCCGAAAACAUCACAACAGAGGAUAAAGGAAAGACGAAGGAAGUGGAUUCUGAGGAUCCUGUACAAGUCGAAUACCAUAGAACUUCUCAGGAGAAUGUAGAAAUCAUCAAAGACGUCGAUGAAGUGAAUCUGCCGUCUGAAUUAGAGGAAGUUUGCCUUAGAAGUAAGAGCUCUUCUGGUUCGUUGUCCAGAAGCGAUAGUUUUUCUGUAAAGGAGGAGAUCGAGAAAAUCGAGAGGCAAAUAAAAGCUCUUGAAACGAAAAAUGCUUCCAGAGAAUCGUCGGAAGAAAAGAGCGUGGAUAGUCAGCAAGGGAAUACAAGACAGUCGCUUCAAGCUAAUCGUAGACAAUUUUUCCAAAACAUGGUGGACGACGAGAAUGGCAAAGAUUCGAUUAAAAUAGAAUUUAAGGAAUUCCCGAGGGAGCAGAACAUUCACGUUGUGAGAUUAAAUGAGCCUCCUGUUCCUGUAGCUGUAUCCACAGAACCGGUGAAAGUGAUCGAGCUUCACAUUUCCGAGCCUAUUAAACAAAAACCGGAGAUCGUCGACGAUGUCAAUCCGAUACCAAAACCAAGAAGGCACAGUGCUUUGAGUUUGAACGAUAAUCGAUCGAGCGCGACUCCAGUCGCAGAUCGAAGAAAUCUUGAGUCGACCAGAGGGAAGUCAUUUUAGAAUGUCUACCUUCGAUUAUGAAUUGUAUAGAACAUUAUGGAAUCAUUUCGGCUUUUAAAUUAAAUGGAAAGAUGAUGGUACUUCCGUUGAUUUUAGUCGAAAAAUUCUUUAAAGACUGUGUAGACAUUGUGUACAUGUGCCUUUAUUUAAUACUUAGAGGUCUCAUUGACCCUUUGAUGCAUCGUUGUCAUUGCGUAAUCGACGUUUCGGUUACACGGUCGGUGGUUUGCGAAAAAAUUAUGUAUGUAUCUAAAAUAUUUUUGACACUAUGUAUUUUCAUUUUAAAUCCAAUAACAAUUGCUCUUUGUAGAUACUUCAAAGGGUUAAUAAGCGUAAUAAGUAUACGUAUUAUGUACUUGGAGCCUUAAUACAAUGAUGAAACAAUAAGUCUUCGUCAACUUUGGGCAUAGAUUAUUAUGUGAUCG